AAAAGCCGCCUUCAGCACUGACAUGAGCCGUCGCGUUGUACUUGCAGCACUGCUUAUCGCCUGCUGCACCAGUUUCAGCGGGGGAAAUUCUGAAUUACAUGAGCAGCGUGGGUCGGCUGGACGCACUUCGGAGCCCGAUGUCGCCAGAGCGAAGGUAAGGGAACAUCUGCGGGACAAAGUUGGAAGGGGCAACGAGGAUGUCAAUCCAUCCGGAAAUAUUGGAGACCGAGGAAAGGUAUUAGAUUGCGAGACGGAGGGCUACAGUUGUAUUGCGAGGGACGUAUGCAAGAAUUGGAUGUUCAGAGCGUUUUUAUUCGGCUGCAAGGACGACAAAGUGUGCUGCGAGAUGACCAAAGGCACUACCUGCCUCGCAGGAGCCGGAUUCCCUGGAAAGUGCGUGUCCAACGACAGCUCGGUUUACUGCAGCUCCAGGAUACCCAGCAGCGACUGCUCGCUUAGUCAACUUUGCUGCCGACUUUAAAGCAACGGAGGCGCAGCGCGAAUCGGUUGCCAUUCUCCGACAUGAUUAAAGGAUGGUUGCAUGGC